CUUUGAUUUUGUUUUUCUCAAAAAUAUCAAAGUGCACAAUAUCUAGACAUUAAUUGGCAGCAGUUAUUGACCAUCAUAAGAAUAAACUUUAAUUUAAUUAAUAAAAUAACAAAUAACAGUAGCAAAUAAUGUGUCCGCAUUUUUAACUUCUACAGUAGUAAUAAUCAAUGUAUUCUGUACUAAUCGCAAGAGAGGUAAUUAUUUACGAGGCGAACUUACAGAUAAUUUUUAUAGAUAGUUAAAUCAUGUCGCGACAUUUCCUUAUCCUCACGAUAGUAAUCCUCGCUUCUAAAACAUGUUUUCCCAAAGAACAAGUUUCUCCUCGUGUCAGCCUAAAUUCAAUCGAUGUUAAUAUCGGAAAUAAGCAAUCGUUUGAGGUGUACGGCCAAUCAUUCAUAUCGAAAGCGGUCGAUACAAAACACAUGGAGCUUGAUGACCUUACGUUUCAUUCACCUUUAUCGCUUGUUCAUGGUCACUGGUAGAUCUCGGUCCCCUUCUACCCUUGAAAUCCCGAAUUUUCUAACGGCCGACAGGUGAAAAAGGUGGGAGCUCGACGAAGGACAAAGUGACACUCGAAGAGUCACCGUGCACACGAUCAGUUCUCGUAUCGCUCAACUACGACGAACGUCUCCGUAACACAAAAUGUCUAUGUUCACAUCAUCGUUGAUUUUCUUCGCUAUACAUCUGAUGGUUCACGGAUGGACCGUAAGGAAUGAUUUACUGAUGGCUCAUGGAUGGACCAAAAGGGCCGCUAUAGGACCGAUCCAGGAGGCGAUCCAGAACGGUGCUGCAUCGCAAUAUAACCGGGAGUUGUGUGUGUGGAGACGCGGAAAUGACAGGGACUCCUGUCCCGAUCCUGAUAUACGGGUAUACCUUUACGCGAAUAAUCGGCCCAGAAGAGAAUUAGAUUCCAGGGAGUCCGAUUGGCUAAGACAGGAUUAUGAUCCAACCAAGGAAAAUGUGCUACUGAUUCACGGAUAUGCAGGCGGUGAUGAUACGCUACCUAUAGCUGUCCUCCGCGACGCGUACCUCAGGAAUGGAAGUUACAACGUCUUUUUAGUAGACUGGGGUGCCCUGUGUGCUUCACCCUGUUACCCUGCAGCAGUGUCGAACCUACGUCCCGUAGCCCGUUGCUUGGCGGGCACUCUGACCACGCUGAGAAACCUAGGUCUGCAGAUUCCACGGACGACCUGCGUGGGUCACUCGUUGGGCGCCCACAUCUGUGGCAUCAUGGCGAACUUCUUAUUAUUCAGGAUGCAUCGUAUAAUUGGCUUAGACCCCGCUAGGCCAUUGAUGCGACCCGGCUAUGUAAAUCGUUUGGACAGCGGAGACGCAGAUUUUGUCGAAGUGAUCCACACGAACGCCGGAUAUUAUGGGGAGAGCGGUCGCAUGGGGCACGUUGACUUUUGCGUGAACGGCGGCAAGGUGCAGCCAUUUUGCGAAGACAAACAGAAUUAUCAGCUUUGCAGUCAUGUCUGGGUCGUCUGUUACAUGGCCCAAAGUAUCGACAAUGAUGGUAAGCAACCUAUGGCUGAACCCUGCUCGAGACGAUGCCCUUCCGGACCUAGAAUCGCGGCCAGAGCAGGAGAAUACGUAACCAUGGGACAGCAUACCCCCGUAGGAACGAGGGGGUCUUUCUGCUUCACUAGCAAACACCCACCGUAUUGUCCCAAGUACGAAAACGGACGAGGAGAUGAAAGGUGCUGCGUGCCGGAAAAUAAUCCUGUUAUGUUCUAGGUGAGGGCGAAGCUUUUUGAGAAGUGGGUCAAAUUUUAUUCAUUAUUUUUUUUAAUACCAGCCCGUAAAUCACUAAUGAUAAGUGUCACUUGGAAAGAAGUGACUUGGAACGAACUUAACAGUCGAUCUUUUAUCACGAUCAAUGGGUGGGUCAUUUAAAAAACUUUUAACGGUGUCACCCGCGAGUCACAGGUUCGUCAUCACUGUUAUGAUGAAACGAAGGCAUGAGCUGCUUGGGUGGAUCUGUAUUUUUAUACCGCGAAAGAGUAUAAGACUGUGUUAAAAAAUUUUGCACGAUCGGAAAGUAGUGUGUAGAGUAACAAGUGAUGUAACUGGACCUAUUAAUUGGGGUGUGGACUGAGUACCACGAAUUUUUUGAUAGUGUUUGUGAAGUACGCCAAGUACAAGUAAAGAGCAAGAUGAGGAGGUUUGGAAGUUUGUGAAGUUAAGCAGUUGAAAUUUUUCAAAGUUGAAUGGUUGAUAGCUUGUAAAAUUACGAAU